AUGGGCCUGCUGGGGGUGGGCGGGGGGUCGCCGCCGGGGCUGCUGCUGCUGCUGGUGCUGGCCGCCUCGUGCCUGCUGCAGCGCGGCCAGGUGAAGAGGCUGGCGGCCCGCUGCCCCGCCACAUGCAGCUGCACCAAGGACUCCAUCAUCUGCGUGGGCUCCGCCUGGCUCCCCAGGACCGUCCCGGGAGACAUCACCUCCCUGAGCCUGGUGAACGGAACAUUUUCUGAAAUCAAGGACCGAAUGUUUUCCCAUUUGCCUUCGCUGCAGCUCCUCUUGCUGAAUUCCAAUGCUUUUACGGUCAUCCGAGAUGAUGCCUUCGCGGGUCUGUUCCACCUCGAAUACCUAUUUAUCGAAGGAAACAGAAUUGAAACCAUUUCAAGAAAUGCAUUCCGUGGUCUUCGAGACCUGACACACCUUUCUUUGGCAAACAACCACAUAAGAGCCUUGCCAAGGGAUGUCUUCAGUGAUUUAGAUUCCCUGAUUGAGUUAGAUUUAAGGGGCAAUAAGUUUGAGUGUGACUGCAAAGCCAAGUGGCUGUAUUUGUGGUUAAAGAUGACAAAUUCCACUGUUUCUGAUGUCCUGUGUAUUGGUCCACCAGAGUAUCAGGAAAAGAAGUUAAAUGAUGUCACAAGUUUUGAUUAUGAAUGCACCACUACAGAUUUUGUUGUUCAUCAGAUUUUACCUUACCAGUCGGUUUCUGUGGACACAUUUAACUCAAAGAACGAUGUCUACGUGGCAAUUGCCCAGCCUAGCAUGGAGAACUGCAUGGUAUUAGAGUGGGAUCACAUUGAAAUGAAUUUCAGGAGCUAUGACAACAUUACAGGCCAGUCCAUUGUGGGCUGCAAGGCCAUCCUGAUCGAGGACCAGGUCUUCGUGGUGGUGGCCCAGCUGUUCGGCGGCUCCCACAUCUACAAGUACGACGAGAGCUGGACCAAGUUCGUCAAGUUCCAGGACAUCGAGGUGUCGCGGAUCUCGAAGCCGAACGACAUCGAGCUGUUCCAGAUCGACGACGAGCGCUUCUUCGUCAUCGCCGACAGCUCCAAGGCCGGCCUGUCCACAGUGUACAAGUGGAACAGCAAAGGCUUCUACUCCUACCAGUCCCUGCACGAGUGGUUCCGGGACACCGACGCGGAGUUCGUCGACAUCGACGGGAAGUCUCACUUGAUCCUGUCGAGCCGCUCCCAGGUCCCCAUCAUCCUGCAGUGGAAUAAAAGCUCCAAGAAGUUCGUCCCGCACGGAGACAUCCCCAGCAUGGAGGACGUGCUGGCGGUGAAGAGCUUCCGGGUGCAGGACAGCCUCUACCUGUCUCUGACCCGCUUCAUCGGGGACUCCAGGAUCAUGAAAUGGGACAGCAAGCAGUUUACGGAGAUCCAGGCUCUCCCGUCUCGGGGCGCGAUGAUCCUGCAGCCCUUUUCCUUUAAGAAUCAUCACUACCUCGCCCUGGGCAGUGACUACACCUUCUCCCAGAUCUACCAGUGGGACGGCAAGAAGGAGCUGUUCGAGAAGUUUAAAGAGAUCUACGUGCAGGCCCCUCGCUCCUUCACCGCCGUGUCCACCGACAGGCGAGAUUUCUUCUUCGCGUCCAGUUUCAAAGGGAACACGCAGAUAUUUGAGCAUAUCAUCGUGGACUUGAGUUUGUGAGGGGGGGCCCGAGGGAAGGAAGCCGGGGGGCCGGACCUUCCUCCUCGCCCACCCGACGAGGCAUCCCAGAAUACGCCCGGGCUGGGGGAGCACUUAGAAAGUUAUCCGAACUUCUGGAACUCGCAUUCGAAUAAGGGAUUGCAUCUGUGUGGCUGGCGGCAUCCAUUUCUGCAGACUUUAGAAAAUCUAAUUACAGAGAAAAGUGUGCAGCACGACAGGGUCUGCCCUUGCUAGGACUUUUCAUGAGGACAAAGGAAAUUGGAUCUGGAGGGCAGGGGGUUGGGGGAGCAGAUUUUCAGAGCCAUCUUUUCAGCGAGACCACUUCGAGGGACAGUCAAGCCAUCUUGCCUCUGGUGAUGAUUUGGCUGAAAAUCUCAGCCUGCCAGUCCCUCAGCAAAACUAUUCUGAGCCACCUCAGUCUCCUGAAAUGGAUUCCCCGGCCCCUCUCUCUUCUUCCUUAAUAUAAAACCAAGACUGUUGUUUUAACCCACCCGCCCAGGGGAUCACGGUAAUGGGAACGUUCACUAGAGCAUAGUGGGAAUGGCUCCAUUCAUCUGGGAGUUGAGGCCGACUAUCGGGCCCGUUCGAGGACUGGUGGUUCAGGGUGAGGUCCUUCAUGUCAGACGGGGGUUGGACCGCUGGCCCCGGUGAGUCGCUAUCACAAAAGGAGCCACUAAGGUCCUCUUUGUGGGCUCUUCUCUUUAUGAAAAGCACCUGGUUCUCUUCCACUGUGGAGGCUGAAUCCGCACAGAGCCGGACAUAAAGGAAAAACCUGACUCUGCGUACAUAUACUUAAUACAGUGCUCUGCACACAGUAAGAGCUCAAUAAAUACGAUUGAA